AUGGUGCUGCUGAAGGUGAAGUUUAACCUGAAGAAGAGGGUGAAGCUAGCGCAGGGUCUAUGGCUGAUGUACUGGUUCGCUGUGAUGGCGGGCGUGCUGGUCUUCAGCAUGGGGCUCUUCUUCAAGAUCGAGCUGCGUAAGCGGAGCGAGAUCAUGGACAACAACGAGAGCCACUUCGUCCCCAACCUGCUGAUCCUCAUGGGCGUGCUGGCCUGUGUGGUCAACGCCGUCGGCGGCAAGAUCUGCUACGACUCCCUGGACGCCACCAAGUUCGCCAAGUGGAAGCCCAUGCUGAAGCCCUUCCUGCUGGGCUGCCUGGCCUUCAACGUGCUGCUCUUCGUGACGGCGCUCCUCUGCUUCUCCCUGCGCCUGGCACUGCAGUUCACCCUGGCAGAGGGCCUGCGGAACAGCAUGAAGUACUACAAGGACACGGACACGCCCGGCCGCUGCUUCAUGAAGAAGACCCUGGACAUGAUGCAGAUGGAGUUCCGCUGUUGCGGCAACAACAACUACCGGGACUGGUUCGAGAUUCAGUGGGUCAGCAACCGCUACCUGGACUUCAGCUCCAAGGAGGUCAAAGACCGUAUCAACAGCAAUGUGGACAGCCAGUACCUGAUGGACGGGGUCCCCUUCAGCUGCUGCAACCCCAGUUCCCCGAGGCCCUGCAUCCAGUACCAGAUGACCAACAACUCCGCCCAUUACAGCUACGACCACUACACGGAGGAGCUGAACAUCUGGAAGCGGGGCUGCCGGGACGCCCUGGUCUCUUACUACGGGGGCCUGAUGAACACCAUUGGAGCGCUGGUCCUGCUAGUUACCAUGUUGGAGGUGGGAGUUAUGGUGGGGCUGCAGUACGUGAACACCUCCCUGGCCACGCUGGCUAACCCCGAGGACCCGGAGAGUGAGAGUGAGGGCUGGCUGCUGGAGAAGAGUGUGAAGGAGACCUUCACUGACAUCAUGGAGAAAAUGAAGACGAUGGGCAAGGGCAACCAGGUGGAGGAGGGUGGGGAGGAGCAGGCCGUCGCCACGGUGAGCUGA